CUCCGGCGGGUCUCCCCGCCCUCUUCCUCCUCCCCCCCAACCCCCUCUCCACCAUUACAAACCGACACCGACGGCAGUUAAAUACGAGACGUCACCCUCAAAAAUCAAUCACCGCACAAUCCUCCGCUGCCCACCGUUUUAUUUAACCGACGCUUUUACACCGGGACCGUCCGCGCACACUCACCCCCCGCCACCCUCACACACACACACACCUUCUUCCGCCGAACAGUUCGGAUCGUUUUCUUUUUUUGAAAAACCGCCGAACAGCUCGCAGUUGUCACCAAAUUGAACCUUCCGGGAGGAAAGAAUAACCUCGACUGGAGUUCCGCGGGAGGAUCUUAUUUCGCACCCCCACUCCCUUCCCCGAGCUACCAGACAGUUUCCUGUCAGUGUUUGUUUAUUUACAUUCGCCCCAAUCCAACCCACAUCAAUUUAAUGCGGCUGAAGCGAUCUAUAGAAGAUCGAAGGCAGUUUUCCAGACGAAUUUAAUUCUUCGGAAUCUUUUUCAGAUCUCCCAUUCAAGACCGUUGCAGUCAUUUCAUCGUGGAGCAAUUCUAGGACAGCUAAAUUUUUGAAGUACAAGUCAGAAGGCCUCACAAUUUAGACACAUAAUUUAAACAUUAACAAGUUUGGAUCUGCUACCAGUCUCAGACCAGCUUUCAGACUUCAGCUGACCAGCAAGCAUUCUUUCUUAAUCUAGUAAACUGGUAUCCUGAUGAAAUUUACAAUUACAAAAACGUGGGAUAGUUCACCAGUGACUCACCGGGGGAUAUCACUGUCGUUUAAACCUGAUGAAGAAGGUUUACUGAUGGAGGUGGAGGGGCCUUUCUUCAAUGAUCCUUCAGCUCCACCUGGUAAAAGAGGAAAACCCUACAAUCAGUUGUGGGAUUUUGAAGUUGUAGAAGCAUUUUUCUUGAAUAGCAGCAAAGAACUGUACCUUGAAGUGGAACUCUGUCCACAUGGACAACAUUUAGUACUAUUGCUUGCUGGUAAAGGAAAAGCAUGGAAGAAAGAACUAGAUUUAAAAUAUGACUGUACAAUUCAUGAAGAAAACUGGGAAGGCAAAGCACUCCUCCCAUGGAACUAUUUUCCUCCUGGUGUUAACAAAUUCAAUGCCUAUGCAAUUCAUGGCUCUGGCGAUAAAAGAGUUUACGAGGCUCUGUACCCCAUACCUAAAGAACAAUUGAAGAAGGGACAACAGCCUGACUUUCAUCGCUUGGAAUAUUUCAAGGAUUUCAGCUUGAAUUCAAUUAUGGGAAAACAAUGGAAGCAGCCCCAGUCUGAAUUGUGGAAAUCUGUCCCCGGGACCAAGAAGUGGUUAGCAUGCCUUGAUUGCUGUUGCUCUUGUCUCUUGAAUCUUGGUAUACUUGUCUGAGGCUUCUACUUUUUCUCUGUUCUGCAGACUCUUCAGUGAUCAUUAUCCAAUGAGAUAUUUACAAAUAAUGAGAUUUUGUAGGGACCAUGUAUUAUAAUCUUUGACAUUGUAUAUAAACUUUCGUUACUGUCAGCUCUCUGGCCUGAAACUUGAUUUAGCAGUAAAUUCUUUCCAUUAGAAACAAAUUAUAUACCCUAUAUAAAAUAAAUGGGAAUCUGAGGGUCACACCAAGUUAUUUUGCUGUGUAUGUGUGUUAUUUUUGUAAUGUUCAAAGGCUCCAAGUUUUAAAAGAAGAAGGAACCAAACACUAUAUUCUUAAGGAAAUAUUUAGAGUGUCUGCACCUCUGGCCUUCUGGGAUAUUUUUCAAGUUCAUUCCUUGCAACCAAUACUUGAUCCAAGGCAUUGUACUGCACUGCUGAUCGUUCUAUAUUCCAACUCAGACAUUUUCAAUUUCUUCCAAAUCCUGGGAAUUAAGAGAAGCUCUUGAAUAGAGAAGAGCAAAUUAAUCCUCACGACUCUACACUAUCAAAGUAAAGCAGUAAUUUCUGAUUUUUUUUCUCCAUGUUCAAACUGUAAUUGUCAUCCUAGAAAUAUGGACUAUUCUAGCACCAGGCUGUAGUCAGUACCCUGUAGUCUCAUCAGCACUUGGCUCGCAACCUCUUCUCGUGAAGAGAAGGUUCCAUCAGAAAUUACUUGUCAUUGGCUUUAGCUGGGAAAUUCCUCAGACUGCUCCCACUGUAACUUUACUGUAAAGAGGGCAUGGAAUUUAAUGGAGUCCACCAUAGUGGGUAUGAUGGGAAUACUGGAAAAAUCAUAUAGGGCUACCUGCAACAGAACACUGAAGUUGGCAUACUGUUCCUCCAUUAAGUUGGAAGCAGGAAGACCCGACUUAGAAUUGAGUUUAAAAUGAAUCGUAAAAUUGUUGCAGGUAAGAUCGAAGCCAUUUGGCCCAUCGAGUCUGCAUGAACCCUUUGAAGAGAGUCCCACCCCAGACCCACCUCCUAUCUCCAUAAUCCUGUAUUUACCAAGGCUGAACCACCUAGUCUGCGUAUCUCUGGACACCAUGGGGCAAUUUACCAUGGCCAAUCCACCUAGUUUGCAUAUCUUUGGACUGUGGGAGGAAACAAAGCACACAGAGAAAACCCAUGCAGAUUCCAAACAGUCACCCAAGGCUGGAAUCAAACCCAGAUCCCUGGCACUGUAAGCUAGCAGUGCUAACCACUGAGCCACCAUGCUGCCCAAAGUGGUUUGUAGUUGGAUUUCCCAGUUGUUCUGGUUGUACCUCGCACAUGGUAGGUUAUUUCUAUUAGAAACUGGUUAGAUGUGAUUACAGUUCCCAACUGGUUUCAGGUUUUUCUUCCUCGGUCAUCUGGCUCAACAGUAGAACAAAUGAUACUAGAUAUUGUGACUCUUUCCACUCAACUGCAGACAAUAUCAUAAAAAUGGGUUCUGGCUGUACAAGCAGUUGAUAUACUAAAAUGCUGCAUGCACUUAUUUUAGUUGGUUAAACUCUCACAGUGUCUGAGUACAUUCUUGUGCUUUUUGUGACAAUUGCCAAUCUAGCUGUAAAUUCUGUGGGGUAUUUUUUACAAGAAUAAUGUCCAUUCUACGUCUUGGUCUGUUAAUCAACAAAAUGGCAAUGCUGAUUAUCUUUCAAAUAUUGCUGCUCAGUGCAAUAAAUGAAAUAUAUCUGUAGAUGAUCACUUUGCUAAACUGUUGAUUCUGCAAGCAUUAGCAUGCCACUUUAAUUCUUUGUCCCAGUCCCAAUUUGACCUCAGUUUUCUGCUCUGUUUUGAAGAAGUUCAACGCAAGACGCUAUCUUUCAUAGUAGGUACUAUAGACAGAUUACAGCUGCCUGGCUUUAAUUUUGAGCUACUUGUAACAGCUUCAAUUUAUUCUUGGGCACUCUGUAACCAUUUACAAUUUCUCAAUACUGAUCUUUUGUUUGUGUUUAUCCUAUUAUAAGCACCUAUUGUCUUACACUCUCAUCUCUUUUUUAAUCACUCCUGCAAUCCACCUCAUCAAUGGGAUUCCUACCUUUGCCCUGGAUCUCUCUACUUAAAAGCUGUUCAUUGCCAGCAUUUUCCAGUUCUUCAGUGAAAAGUCAUAAACCUGAAAUGCUAAUUUUGUUUCUCUCU